AGGAAGAGGCUGGACUGGUGAUGGGAGGGAGAGUGAGAUGAACAGCUGAGGAUAGCUGUGACUGCACUCAGUGCUGCAGUAGUCAAGCUGCUGAGUUCAGCAGAGGAAGGAAAGGAUCGGUUUGCACCUCUGCUCUGCUGCUGUAAAUAUAUAUCUCCAGCAGCUGCUGCCUGGACAGGGCAGGGAAGAAAAGACGAAGAGAGGUUUGCAAUAAAGUGAAGCAGUGAGAGAAGCGCAGGCACCAGAACUAACUUGCUUACUCACCGAUUCCCUACAUUUUACUAUGAAGUGCCAGUGACUGCAUUUGUAGGCGAACACGACAGUUGCAGUGCUCAUGAGAUGGAGGAACCCACAGUGGUCACGCUGGUGGGCAGAGUCACAGUGUACACCGUUACCGGCUGCCUCCACUGCAUUCGUACCAAGACUCGACUGGUGGAGCUGGGACUCCCCUACAGCGAGGUGGACUUGAGGAAACACCGGCAUCUCCGGGAGAAAAUCCGGGAGCUCACCGGACGUAGCACCGUCCCUCAGAUCUUUUUCAACAAUGUCCAUGUUGGAGGAAACAGCGAAUUUCAGAAAAUGUCAAAGGAAGAGCUUGACAGACUGAUUGAAUUGGUGAAGAACGAAGAGCUUCCUCCAAAUGCCCCUCCACUUCCCGACAUGACUGAAGAGGAGGACGAUACCAGAGAUGCAGCUACAGAGCAUUCCGAGGCUAUGAGAGAGUUGGUUCUGAAUCUAUAUGCGGAAUAUAUUUCGCCUGAUGGCAAGAGGGUGGAUUACAAAGCCAUGGCGAAGUCCACCAUGUUUCAGUCGUACUGCCAGCUCGCAAUCCAGCUUCAACGAGUGGAAGUUGACAAUCUGACCAGAAAGGAGAAGCUCGCCUUCUUUAUCAAUGUGUACAACGCCUUAGUGAUCCACGCACAGAUCAUCUAUGGACAGCCCAAAAAUGUGUGGCAACGAUACAGGUUUUUUAAUAUUGCAAGUUACGUGAUUGGCGGGGAGAUUUUUUCCCUGCAGUCCAUCGAAAAUGGCGUCCUCCGUGCGAACCAAAGGGGCAUAGCUCAGAUAAUGAAACCAUUCUCAAGCAGCGAUCCCCAACUGAAGAUUGCACUGAUGGAACCAGAGCCACUCAUUCAUUUUGCUUUAAAUUGUGGAGCUCGAAGCUGCCCUGCAAUACAGAUAUUUAAUGCCAAGGAUGUCGAUGCGUUGCUGAUUACCGCUGCAGAAGGAUUCCUCGAGGGGGACGAUGGUUGCUCCGUUAACUUGGGCAAAAGGGAAAUCCGUUUGAGCCAGAUUUUUAAAUGGUACAAGGUUGAUUUUGGAGGAACAGAUAGAAAGGUGGCAGCAUGGGUGUACAACCACAUGGCAGACGGUAUCAAAAAGCGGGACAUGAAAAAGCUUCUGGACAGUUCAAGUUACAAACUCUCUUACCUGCCCUAUGACUGGCGAUCAAACGCUAAGUAAUAACGGCAAGUGGGCCUGUAGACCCUUUGCCCAGGCUGCUUACAGAUUUGAAACUUUCUAUUGCUCUUACAAUGAAAUGUGUUGGGUGUAUGGGUACACUGUUCAAAUUCUGAUCAAGAAUUGGUUUAAACAAUGGGGGGUGGGGGAGCUAUAUUUUUCUCCCUGACCCCCAUUUCAGUGUGUUUGAUUACUAAUUUUUGUUCCUCCAUUCAACGAGGAGGGUUCUACGGCAAUUCUCUUAGCACUUCACAAGGGGCUAUUAUUCCCGAGUGACGAAUAGAAGCAGGGUAUUUGGCUGCAGGAUGGUGGGGGUUGGGGGGGGAUUGCAUUGUAAACAAUGCCAGAUUUGCCCCUCAUUGCAUGCAUACAUUUCACCAGGGGGCUUUGAAUAAUGAUCACAACAGGUAAUCCUGGUUGAUUUUCUACUCAUUGAUUCAGGAGCACUGACGCCAAUUGCAUCACUGCUUCCACCCCCUAUCCAGGUAAGAUCGGCUAACUCAGGAAAGACUUGAAGUACCAUCCUGUGACUUUGUCUGUAGGCUCCAGUGUUGCACCAUAUGGGGCCUUUGCCUGUGGGUGGGGGAAGAGAAAUCUUUCAAUGGAAUCCUACCUAGAAGUGAUGCUAUGCAUUUACCUGCUUUUGCGCUCAUAUUAAAAUGGAUUGUAAAGCA